GAAUAACGAAGUUAAGCGGUCCGGAAAAAUGGACCUCGUUUAGAUAUGGGUGUACACUGCUGCUGCAACGAGCACGUGUUCUCAACGUCGUCACGAGACUUGAACCUCGACCCGAACCGAACCUCAAUGAGAACCAGGAGGUCGCGAACCAAAAUCUGAUAGACGCUUGGGACAUGAAGGAUGCAGAGGCGAGAAUUAUAAUAUUCUGCAACGUUGAGGGGCCACAGCAAACUCUCAUCGAAGGAUGCGCGUCCUCCGCGGAAAUGUGGGAGCGUCUGAUACUGCAAUACGCCAACGCUGCUCCUAUCAACGGCAAUCUACUGCUAGAGAAAUUUUUCAACUACAAAUACAAUCCUGAGCACAGAGUGCUGGAUCAUGUGGCAGUUUACACAAACUUGGCAGAAGAGCUGAGAAACUUGGAAUCACCUGUCACUGAACAACAACUCGUUGUGAAAAUUAUCCAAACACUGCCCCCCAGUUUUCGCUCAUUCCGUUCGGCUUGGGACAAUCUACCAAGGAACGAGCAAACAAUAGCAAACCUAACACCAAGACUGGUAAACGAAGAAGCCAUCAGCAGAGCGGCCAACAACGGCGCGAUGGAUCCGACCGAUGCGGCCUUCUUUGCGUUCCACACGCCUAAGGCAGCCGCUUUCGCCGGGGAGAGUGCUGCAAAGACAUCCCCAGGGCAAAGUUUCGACAACGCAGCAAACGCGCAAGGGGGAUUCCGUGGCCGCGGACGAGGCCCCUACUUUACGGGUGAAUGGCGAGGACGUGGCAGAGGCAGAGGAGGAAGAGGAGGUAGAGGUGGUGGCAGCUCCAAUCCGCACAACCACUUAUACGCACGAAAAGAUGGACAACAACAAAACGAUCAGCAGCAAAGCAGCCAACAUGCCGGCUCAGUCGUCUGCUUCAACUGCAAUGGAAACGGACACAAAGCUUAUCAGUGUCCAACAAAAAGAGAAGAAGAACGUGGUCAGGCGAGACAAGAAAAUUUCAACAAGAAAAGAGGUCUGGAACGCUGA